AAACGGGUUUCAGUCGAUUGUGAGGCCUCAGAGGCGAUACACGAUAUUCGAGAUUUGAGAUCCAAAACUGCGAUGACUAAUUCAUUGACCAUCGCCGUGUUUUUGGCCAGCCUGUGCCUCUUGGCCAGUAGUGGUCAAAUGCAGGCAGCCUCUAUUGUUUGCGGAUCGGAGGCUAAGUCUGCCGAGGAUGCGGAUUCGGUGACCACUCCCAGUACCAGUGAGGUCAACAAAUUCGUCCACAGCCUGCAAUGCACUCUAGAGAAGGCCAAGCCCUGGAUAGCCAAUAUCGAGAAGGAGGCCAAGAUCUUGGAGGAGAAGGCCAGGGAUGCCACCAUAUCGCUCUUCCAGCGCAUAAAUAAGCUGGUGAAUGUGCUCGCCUCACCGGUUACCUUCGAAAAGGAUAAGGAGAAGGACAAGGAUGAGCAAAAGGAGCCGGAGGAGGUCACCACCACUACCACCACUUCCACUUCGGAGGCUUCCAGUUCCUCCAAAAACGAUGUUAAGGAGGAACUGACCACUUCUGCACCGCCAGUUCACUUGGACUGGCUGGAGGAUCAUGCGAAUGAGGUGGACUACAUUCCAGAGAAGAAUUAGUGAAGCACUUAUAUAUAUGUAUAAUAUUACAUAUUAAUAAAUUAUUUUGAUCUUUAUUCGAUGAGCAUUUCCUAUUUAUAAGUUGACAGCAUUUAAUUUAAUAUAUUCUUAUAAAAUCUAUUUUAUAUAAUAUCAAAUGAAAAAUGUACGAGCUCGUUUGCUGAUUCAUCAUUGCAACUGGUAUACAUACAUAUGGAAUUCACUUCCAAAGUAAUUUUAAUAGACCAAAUCUAAAGGGUCAAUGUGUUUGUAGUUCAAGUCCGGUGUUUACAAAAGAAAUCUUGAAUUUAGCAUAACUGGAACCCAAAAACUUCUUGGGACUACAGAGCCAGUUGGGUUUAAGUUCUUAAUGAACCUCUUCCUCCGCUUUGGUAACUCACAUCACUUGUGAUUCUUUCCCGACUUUCUCUUCUGGACUUUUCUUGCCACUGUGGUUAUUGGCCAAAAAUAAACAAACAGCCUGCUGACUGAAGACCUGCAACUCCGGCAUAACUUGUGAGCCGGUUUUGGUGUCAACGGAUCAGUGAAUCAUCCCAGCGAGAGGAGGCUCUUUGGCCCGAUCUCACUGGAUGGGCUUCAAUUGCUAAUUGCCAGUCGUCGGGAAAGAUGCAGCUUCUGGGCACCUGCGGACUGCUGAUAAUCAUCGUCAUCACCUCCCUGUCACUGCCAAUUAUCCAGGGAAUGGUCUGGUCGGGAUUCAUAUGCUCUGCAAGGGAUCAUCGCGGCUGCUGCUACAAUUGGGUAUACCCCACACGUCCCAGGCCGCCAUGUGCCCCAGUCGGAACCAGUCGGAAUUCGGGUCAAAAGAAUGGGACACCCAAAUGAGUAAUUCGAGCUCUACAAGCACAAGAAAUAAUAUUUUGUUUUAAUUAUUAUAAAACAAAACAAUGCACUUUAAAACUCCAACACCGCAAAUAAUAAAUUUCACAGCGCAAACGGACUCACAGUAUGAAUAACAACUGAAGUCAGUUAUAUUAUAAGCAUAUGUUUUUUUUUUGUAGCGUGAAUAAAGAAAUAAUGAUCUAAAAAUUGCUGAAAAUCUA